CCGAGUCACCCACGAAAUAGCCAAGGAAGGCAGACAACAGUAACCCCGGCGUUCUCCCGCUUUUCCAUGAUAUAGAUAUUCGGCAUUCAUUUAGCCCUCUUGAAAUCAUUACUUCUAAUAUCGUUAUCGACUUUCCUAUCGAAACCCACCAUCACCUGCCUCUGUUUAUGCCAAAAGAACAAGAUUAAGACCCGGAAAGGAAGGGGACUAGGGCCUGGGACUCUCAGAGAUGGCAGCGGUUAAGGUUGAACUGGAGAUCGGAAAUGAUGGGGUUGCAGUCAUCACUAUGUGUAACCCUCCUGUAAACGCCUUGGCUAUUCCAAUUAUUAAGGGGUUGAAGGAGAAGUUCGAUGAGGCGACGAGGAGAAAUGAUGUAAAGGCUAUAGUUUUGACUGGCAAGGGUGGGCGGUUUUCUGGUGGAUUCGACAUCAGUGUUAUGCAGAAAGUUCACCAAACUGGGGAUGUCACGCUUGUCCCUGAUGUCUCUGUGGAACUGGUAGUCAAUACAAUUGAAGAUUCAAAGAAGCCUGUCGUUGCAGCCAUAGAGGGUCUUGCUCUCGGAGGUGGCUUAGAAUUGGCCAUGGGAUGCCAUGCACGUAUUGCUGCUCCAAGAACUCAACUGGGCCUUCCAGAACUGACGCUUGGAGUGAUUCCUGGAUUUGGAGGUACACAGCGUCUUCCAAGGCUUCUAGGACUGUCUAAGGCUGUUGAAAUGAUGUUGACAUCUAAACCGAUCAUGUCUGAAGAAGGAAAGAAACUAGGGCUUAUUGAUGCUAUCGUGUCUCCAGAAGAGUUGUUGAAGGUGUCUCGGCUGUGGGCUGUUGACAUUGUAGAAAGGCACAAACCUUGGAUACGUUCACUUCAUAGGACAGACAGACUUGUUUCCCUCUCUGAAGCACGUGAGGCAUUGAAAAUUGCCAGACAGCAAGUCAGGAAGACUGCUCCACAUAUGCCUCAGCACCAGGCUUGCAUUGAUGUGAUUGAGCAUGGAAUAAUUUAUGGAGGCUAUAGUGGUGUUCUGAGGGAGGCAGAGCUAUUCAAGAAGCUAGUCAUAUCCGACACUUCAAAAUGUCUAGUCCAUGUUUUCUUUGCCCAGCGUGCAGUAUCAAAGGUGCCUAACGUUACUGAUAUUGGACUUAAACCAAGAAAUAUAAAGAAAGCUGCUGUUAUUGGGGGAGGUCUAAUGGGUUCUGGCAUUGCUACAGCUCUUAUACUAAGCAACAUACAAGUUAUACUGAAGGAAGUCAACUCUCAAUAUCUUCUAAGGGGAAUCAAAUUAAUAGAAGCAAAUGUUCGUGGCUUAGUAACAAGAGGAAAGUUGAAGAAAGAUGGGGCAGAUAGGGCACUCUCGCUGCUUAAAGGUGUGCUUGAUUACUCAGAAUUCAAAGAUGUGGAUAUUGUCAUUGAGGCUGUGAUUGAAAAUGUUAGUCUCAAGCAAACUAUAUUUAAGGAUCUUGAGAAUACCUGCCCUCCCCACUGCAUUCUAGCAACAAACACAUCAACUAUUGAUCUUAACAUCGUUGGUGAAAAGACCAGGUCUCAAGAUCGCAUUGUGGGAGCUCAUUUUUUCAGUCCUGCUCACAUUAUGCCUCUUCUGGAGAUUGUACGCUCUGGGAAAACUUCUCCACAAGUAAUUCUAGAUUUAAUGACUGUCGGGAAAAUCAUAAAAAAGGUACCUGUUGUGGUAGGUAACUGUACUGGCUUUGCAGUCAACAGAACCUUCUUCCCCUAUUCACAAGGUGCUCAUUUAUUGGCCAACUUGGGUGUGGACAUCUUCCGAAUUGACAGAGUAAUCAGCAACUUCGGUGUUCCUUUGGGCCCUUUCCUACUUCAGGACUUGGCUGGGUAUGGAGUUGCCCUAGCAGUUGGAAAAGAAUUUGCUAGUGCAUUUCCUGAUCGCACAUUUAAAUCUCCAUUGGUUGAACUGUUGGUCAAAAGUGGGCGAAAUGGUAAAGCCAAUGGGAAAGGGUACUACAUUUAUGAAAAGGGCAGCAAGCCAAAACCUGAUCUUUCAGUUCUGCCUAUUAUUAAGGAUUCCAUAAGACUUUGCAAUAUUAUGCCCAGCGGAAAGCCUAUAUCUGUGACCGACCAAGAUAUUUUAGAGAUGGUACUCUUUCCAGUGGUGAAUGAGGCAUGUCGUGUUCUAGAUGAAGAAAUUGUUGUCCGUUCAUCAGACCUUGACAUUGCAUCUGUUCUUGGGAUGAGCUUCCCUUCUCACCGGGGUGGUAUUGUUUUCUGGGCAGACUUGCUUGGGGCCAAUUAUGUAUAUGCUCGUCUGAAAAAAUGGUCAGAGCUAUACGGAAACUUUUAUAAACCGUCAAGGUAUUUGGAAGAAAGAGCAAUGAAAGGCAUUCCUCUGAGCGCACCCGUUUCACCUAUUCCAAGGUCAAAGGCACGCCUAUAGGUGUUAAUAUUUUCAAGUCUUCCAGUAUGCUACCCCAAUGGCUGUUCCUUUGCAAUUUCGGAAGUUUCAGAGUUAAUAAGAUUUUGCUCCUCAAAUGGAAACCCCCUCCCCUGGGAGUAAAAAAGGAGAGAGACAGAUGAAGAGGAGAGAAUCUGGCUGUUUUUGUCUUCCAUUAGAAUUUGUCGCCCCACUUGUUUUGGACGCGACCUUCAAUGAAUCUUAUAUUUGAAUUAUUACCGGGAUUACCUAAAUCCCCUUGUUGAUCUUUUACCUGAAAUUGAUAUCUCUUCAACUAA